CGCACUAUAGCUAGCACCGGAGGACCGUUUUCAUUCGUCGCCCAUGGAUUGAUUGCCACAAUCCUCACUCUUUUGUUUGAACUUUCAUUCAUUCACUCCAACUGCAGAGGACACAACCAAAUCGUCGUCGACGAGGUGACGGAUUCUGAGCCUUAAUCAAAAGAAUCCAGUCAAAAGAUGUUCAUCUCCACCGAGUCCGCGGCGUUUGACAGCAAGUCAGGAUCUAGACGAGGUGGGGCCUCUCUUACUGCAAAGGAGAAUGAACGUUCAUCCAUGAUUGUGCAAUCAAUCAAUCGGCGACGAAUGAAGACUCGGAGGAGAUGCCGAUGUAUACCCAACGGCGAAUCAAUUUUCAGUAUAGCGACUCUAUCGAUCUAGCGCCAAGAAGGACUAAUAGGAGGUUUGCAGCAGCAAGUAGGAGUACAAGCGUUUCAUACUACUAUGCUCGUGCUAAUCAAGGUUUCAAGACCGUCGUCCAGUCGGUGCAUUUGACGUGGGAGGUUCCUGGGAGGAACUGUUCACACCAGCAGCCCAAUAAGUUGCCGCCAGGCUCUUCGACAUGCCCAUCACAUUUGGAGGUGGAAACCAUGCUUGCAGUCUGCAUUUUGAACUGAAGUUGUUCGAGACAAUCCUUCACACGAGUGAAAAGUCCAGACUCUGACCACAAUCGUCACAUACAUGUUUGUCAGUAAAGCGAUCGAUCUGUAUACCAUGUACAAUUGCACUGCAGUAGUAUUUUAGGGAGAGAUGUACAUCAACAACAUGAGUAGAACAGGACAUUCAACAUAUUAUGAACCUGCUGAGCUUUGGGGUAGAUUCUUCCGGGACCUCAUAUCCCAGCCAGGAUUAACAACGUAAUGAGUUCAGAUAUUUUAGGAAUACUAGUAAGGCUUCAUUCAUGGCAGCAAUUUGGUACACCUGCAGCUGAACAUGAAUUUUGAGCGAUCGCUAACAAGAAUGACGGCAGGAAUCAAAGAUGUCGAGUUUUGAAAUUUGAGGAUUCACAUUGUAAAUACAUCGCUGGCUAAUGACCAAAUUGUGU